UCAUGCGCAAUCCAAACAUCACGCCUUAUAUCCGGUUGAACAUUUUGUUGGAAACUUCCGAGUUGAGAGCUUUGGGCUAAUAAAGCUCAGUAAUUAUGGCCAGAGAAUAUGAUCACUUAUUUAAACUACUCAUAAUAGGAGACAGCGGUGUUGGAAAAAGCAGUCUCCUGUUGAGGUUUUCAGACAAUACAUUCUCAGGUACAUACAUCACAACUAUAGGAGUAGAUUUUAAGAUUCGUACUGUUGACGUCAAUGGUGAAAAAGUUAAACUUCAAAUCUGGGACACAGCUGGUCAGGAGAGGUUCAGAACAAUAACGUCUACUUACUACAGAGGAACACAUGGUGUGAUUGUCGUGUAUGAUGUCACGAGCGGGGAAUCGUUCGCCAAUGUAAAGAGAUGGCUUCAUGAGAUUGAUCAGAAUUGUGAUGUCGUUAAUAGGAUUUUAGUGGGUAAUAAAGAUGACGACUCUGAUAGGAAAGUUGUACUCACUCAAGAUGCCCAGAGGUUUGCGGAUCAGAUGGGAAUCCAGCUUUUUGAAACCAGUGCCAAAGAAAACAAGAAUGUAGAAGAAAUGUUUUUAGCCAUCACAAAACUAGUUUUAGCCACAAAGAAAGAACAAAUGAAGAAAGCAGCAGAACAGCCUGCUGAGUCAAUAAAACUGAACAAGAAGUCGACGGGCGGGGGAGGGGGCAAAAAAGGCUGCUGUAAAGUAUGAAUGCUCAUAGACAUAGUGUGUAAACAAAUUCUUUUAUCACUUAUGAAAUACACUGAUGGUGCAAGAUGAAACAGCAAUACAAAUUUGGGACUCAUAAUAUUCAGUGGUAGAAUCAGUAGAUUUCCAUGUUGUUCUGGUGAACUCUGUCGGCGUAUGUUGUCCUUGCUGUGGGAAUAAAAUUAAGAGACUGGCUUUUUUAACCUUCUGAGAAAUUUUAUUACCAUUAAGACAUAAUUUUUUUUAUUGAGGUAUACAACAAUUUUUUUUGUAUUGUUGAUUACUGUUGAUUUACUAUUGUUUGUUACUCUCUGAUUUUCCCUAAAAAAUAAUCAAUUGUGUUGUUAUUUAUUUCACUUAUUAUGUACCUCAUGCAGCAUGUUGUAAGAAUGUAAAUCAUAUACACAGUCAUUAAAUAACUUUUGAAAUGAUUGUAUACUUGUAGAUAGAACAACAUGCAUUCCCAAUUUUGUAGAAGUUUUUUUUUUUAAUUGUAAUGGGGUUUUUUUUCUGUUGCCUCUCAGUGAUCCUAUGUGCUACAAUCCAUGUAACUUUUGAUAAUUUUUAUUUGUUGUGUUUAUCACAGGGUUUAAAAGGUCUUUUCAUGAGUAAUUAACAUAUACUGGUCCAUGAAUUGUAUUUAUAUUAAUAGAACGAGACCCAAUUUAUCUUUCAUUGAUCAUGUUGAUACAACUACAAAUUUAUUGUCGAAGUCAACUUCAGCAGAUAAUUUUUUUUUCAAACAGAAAAAUAAUAAUUUUGUUCAUUUGAUGAAGAAGUUCAGAAAUUCUCAUUUGUGGUUCCAAAACUUGAAUCAUUAUUUAUAAUCUAUAUACACCAUACUUGUCUUGAAUAUGUGUUAUGAAGCCAGUCUUCUGCAGAUGAUCAUGAUGUGACAUCAGUUUCAGAACUGAGUUAAAAACGAAGAAUAGUUAUCCUAUUUUCAUUGUCAAAGGUAUAAUUUAAGCAUUCUGAACACGAUAAAGUGUGAGAAAUUUUCAUUUGAUCUUUGUAUAUGUUAUAUUGCUUUCAUCCAAAAAACUCCCAAAAAAUUCUGCAUUUUAAAGGAAACAGGCCUAAUUUUUUAAAAGUACUUUUUAAUGUUAUUAAAAAAAUGUUUCAUUUUCUUUUUUCUUUUUUUUUUAAUCUUUUCAAUUCAUUUGCAAGAAAGAAAAAAAAAAUGUUUGGCAGAUUAGUUUGAGGCUUAGAACUUCCCUUGAAAUACAUAUACAUGUAUGUACAAAUAAGAAGGAAAAAUUAAAUUGUGUGAAACAAAAAGGUGGCAGAUGUGUUUAUUUGUUUUGCCUAGCAGUAUUUGCUCGUACAUAACAUAUUUUUGUACAAAAAAUAAAGUUAUGAUGUAAAAAUACUAAGUUAUGAUGCUUUGCUCUAAUUUUGCAUCUAACACAAGAACUAUAGUUUUGUGCAAAUGCUUUCUUAUGUGUGUGUAGUUUGAUAGCAUCUCAUAAUGCCAAACAUAAUGUGCAAUCAUGUGUCUUAACAAUUCUGAAAUGUUUCUUGUGCACACUAAGCUGCCAGUGUCGUGUCAAUAGUAAUAUUAAAUGCCAAUACAAAGUAUUUUCAUAUUAAUGGCGCUGAUGCUUACAGUUUUUUCUGUGACAUUUUGACUUUAUUUAAUUUCAUGUAAGAAUGAUUAUGCUGUCUAUGAUUUUUAAAAGAGGAUGGCAAAAAGAAAUCUUAAGUUGGAAGGUACGUAUGUGAAAUUCAGAAUUGUUACAAUUCAUUUUUAAACUUGAAGAAAAUUCUUGAGAUUUCCUUAUUAAUGAUCAUUUUAUGCCAGAUUUCUUUUGCUGUAAUGACAGUACAUAUAUUGUCACAAAUUACAUUGCUCAUAAAAACUCAUCAUUUUACUUUAAAAGAGGAUUACUCCAGAAGACCCAAAGUGGUCAGUAAUGGUUUGUGAUGAAUUUUUCUUAAAUAUUUUCUUUGUUUUGUGUGAUAUUUUGCAAGCUGAUUUAGUGGAAGUCAGACAGACUGACAAAUAAGUAUGUAGCAAGUUUAUAGCAUGGCAAUAUUGGUGUGUAGAGAGUAACGUAUUUUGCAUGUAAAAAUCAGUUCAUAAAGUAAAUACUAGUAAUUCUGCAACAGUUAUAGUUAUUAGUAUUUAUUGAUAUAGCAAUAAAUAUCUCUAACAUGUGUCAUGUAUACAUAUAUGUUCUAAAGAAUCCUUAAUAACUUUUGUGAUAUGAUUUAUUAAAACAUGUAUGAAGAA